AUGAAAAGUUUUUAUUGGGCCGAGCGGGUGUUAUUUAGGCUUGUUUCCGUUAUAAUAUUCUCGUUAAUACUUUCAUCAUUCGUUUUCCAGUCGUGUUUAGCAGAUGAAAUAAAUUAUCUUGAAGAUCCUUCAUUUGAAGGAUUCCAAAUUAUACAAUAUGCGACUUACGAUGAUGGAACGAUCUUGCUUAGAAUUCGUCCUAAUAUCGACGGAAAUUGUAAAGGAAGUGGAUUAUAUUUUCGUUUAAUACGAACUGAUGGAACAAUUACUCAAAUUACUAUAAAUAAUAGUGCAUUUUCCAAUUUUUCUCAAAAUAAUUAUUGUUUUGUAAAUAAUGAUGUCGCUUUUACCUUAAAACCUUUGAUGGCGUCUACACCUACAAAAAAUAUCCCAGUCUGGAGAACUGGUUAUCUAUUUCCUAUAGAUUAUUUGGUUUCUAAUAAUCCAACCGAUAGUAUACGAAUAUAUGGAAUAGCAUCAAAUUAUAUAUUAAUUUCAUAUUUAUGUGGGACUUCAGAUGCUAGUGUUUGUGGACUUUUAUCGGAUUGGUCUGGAAAUAUUUUAAGUUCAGGCAUUAACCUUGGGGAUAAUUGUAACGAUGUAAAUAUCGCUCAAAAUAUAAAUUCAAAUAUCGGAGGGUUUUUAUGGGUAUGUUAUAUGAAUUCAACUAGUCAACUAAUAUGGAGAAGAUUCGGCACUCCUGACGCGACUGGUGCAAUGUCAACAAUAGAUGCUGGAAGGAUAAAUGAUAUAUCAAAAUUUAGUCCAAAUUAUACAUCAAUAUUUCCAUUAGAAGAUGGUGGUUACGGGAUAGUCACUGCUCAAUACAAUACAACCAAUUACACUGCACAAGGUACUUCAUAUGACCCACCGUGGACGGUGUUUGUAUACUUUAUUGCAGAAAGUGGUGGUGCAAAAGGACCAUUUCAAUUAUAUCAACAGACAACAGAAUCAUUAGAUCAAUUAAGAAUAUUUAGUUGUUCUAUAUCAUUUCAAUCUUCUGGAUAUAAUUGUAUAAUAUAUGAAGUUAUUGUUGGUGCAACAGAACCUGCUUUUACAAUUAUUGAUUUUUUUAGAACUGGUGCUAGAAAAAUUAGUAAAAUAUUUACAAUUUCUGGGUUGUCAACUUACCAAUUUGUAGUUUGGGAUAUUUUAAAUUUAUUUAAAGGUGGUUAUUGUGUAUUAAGACAAAAUAUUAAUAACUCUGUAAUCGAUGGUUUGAUAUAUGAUAAUGAUGGUAAUUCUAAUGGGACUUGGAGAAUGCCAACAAAUUAUACUUAUACUAGAAAUAUUGGUGUAUAUCCUAAUAAUACUUUAUGGACUGUAGCUAAUGGACCUAAUAAUCUUACUUGGACCCUUGUAACUUCUUCCGCUUUAGCUAAUUUCAGAACAGCUCCGGACCCGGGUGGUUACGGUAAUUCAUUCAUCAGCUUAGUUUCUCCCGGAAAUACUUCAAUAAUUCCUUUGUCAAGCACACCAACUCUAACGAUUACAUUCACCAUAAAUAUAAAUUUAUCGUCUGGAAACGUAUCAAUAUAUCAAUCAAAUGGUUCCUUUCCAAUACUUCGACAAUCAUUUCGAGGAACUGAUGAUAAACAUGUUAGAUUAUUGAGCGGAACUAACGGUAGUACACAAGUACAAUUCGACGUGCUGACUAGUACAUUUAAUCAACGAUCGUCGGAAUAUUUUAUUCAGGUUGAUAAUGCCUUUGUUGAAGAUGUUCAAAACCGUCAACCACUUUUAGGCAUCAGGCCUUCAGUUUGGACUGUUACUACUACUGCUCAGGAAAGUGCAAUAAUUCGCUUAACACCAGAAGGUUCAAGAUACUUUAAAAAUCUCUCAGAUUCGAAGCGUAUUCAAUUCGCUACUGAAAUGUCUCAAGAUCUAUCAAGUGUAAUUCCAUGCGAUAUAAAACGUAUUGCAACAACAAGUAAUUAUCAAUUUGAUGAUCAUAACCAAGUAUUAUUACGAAUUGAUAUCAAAAAUUACGUUAAAAAUUCAACGACGGAAAGGAUUCCAUCAAAAGUCGUAGAGGAUUUAGAUACUUUGAUUAAAAAUAGAGAUGUUACUAAAGUGUCUCGUGAAUUUUCCACUUCUAUGCUGGAUCCUUCUUUUGGAAGUCAAACUACUCAGGAUUUAUGGGACAAGUAUAAAUCCUUAUUAUGGGGAUUACUCGUUUUGGUGGGCAUAUUGUCUAUCCUUGUCUGCGUAUCAUUUUCAAGACAUAAAAGGGGAAAACAUUGUGCUAUAUUUAUGUUUACGUUUCUAGCCAUUGAUUUCGUGUUAGAUAUAUUAUUUGUAAUAUUUCAUGGUCAAGACCUGUAUUGGUUAUAUCCUACAAGAGAAAUAUCGAAAAAUAAGAAAUUUCGAUCAUGGUGGUAUCGUAGUAGUAAAACAGCCUUGUUAUUCACUAUUUUAGCCGGUGCAGAUAUUGAUGUUUUAAAUAUUUUGUCAUCUGAAUGUGGUCGCCUCGAAGAAUUAAGCGCUCCAUUUAGUAUAAAUGCCAUGAAACGUAUUAGACAAAGGAUAAUAGAUGAGCAUAUUCCAGAUAAACCAGAUAGUCCGGGUAGUAGUGGAAAAGAAAGUGAAAUAUCUCAGGAAGUUCGUCAUGAAUAUCUUACCAUAAAAGAUGGUGUACCAGUUGUUUCAUAUCCCAGGGAUGAGGAUGAAAUAUCAAUUAAACGUGUUACAUCGGCACCUGUUGAAGAGAGUAUUACUAACAUUGAAGGAAAAUAUGGAGAAAUUGGUGAGACAUUAAAAAAAACACAAACCUUGCCUAAACGAAAAUCAGAUUCCGGAAUGAUUGGGUCAACAGAAUCUCCAACUACAUCAGGACCUAGACUAUCAACUACUAGCACUAGUGGUACUUCAACAAAAGAAAUAUUUUCAUUUAUUGGUGGUGAAAAAUCUAAAAAGACUAUGGCUUCAAAAGAGGUAGCCGAUAAAGGAAAAGGCACAGGAUCUGAGGGAAGAAGGUUGUGA